AUGGGUCAAAUCUUCUCCAGUGACCAAGCUCCUACCGAGGCUGCCACCAGCGACCCAUCUAGGGAAUUCUUUACUGUGGUAUCGGCUUUUCUCAAAGAAGUCUUUCUCACUAUCCCAGAAGUCCCAAGCAAUGACCUUUUCGAUGAUGAAGUCUUUAACCGGUUCAAACAUUGUGGACUGCCCUCUGAGGUCGUCUACAGGUAUUCCAAAGGAGCGGCCUUCAUGGCCCGAUGCUUCUAUCCACACCUAGACCGCGACACCCAGUUGUCCAUCGGAGUGUGGACAUCAUACAUCUUCUCAAUUGACGAUCUCUGUGAGGGGCCCGAGUUCAGAGAACAGCUCAAGGAAUACCGCGCACACUUGCUUGGAGCCAACCAGCCAAAGUGGGCCUACCUUCGUGGCCUAUUCUCAUCCUUGCAAGACCUCUGCGACCGCUAUGACCCCUUUGUCGGAGACAUGAUCCUCAAGUCCUCACUAGAUUACAUCAGCGUGAACGUCUUCGAAGUGGAGCAAAAGGGACGUCUCAAUGUAGAUUCCAACACCCGUCUGUUUCCCGAAUUUUUGCGGCAGAAGAGCGGUAUCGGAGAGGCCUAUGCAUUUGCCAAUUUUCCCAAAGGUAGUCUCGACAUCGCGUCUUACAUUACCCUAAUUCCGGAUUUGGCGGCUGUUGUGCCACAGCUCAAUGACGUGGUAUCCUUUUAUAAAGAGUCGAUUAUCGGCGAUGAGCAGGAUACCAACCUGAUGCUUGUAUCUGCAGUUGAGGGCUGCUCCGCUACUGAGGCGUUGAAGAUGACGGUUGACCGGUGUCUUGACAGUGUUCGGAGGAUGCGUGCUGCCUGUUUGAAGAAUGAGGGCCUUCGAAAUGUGGUGAAUGCUUUUGUGCAAGGUUUUGCUUUGUAUCAUUUGAAAUGGUCGCGUUAUCAUAUGGAGGACUUUGGGGAUUAUCGGGAUUGGCUAUAG